CCGAGCGGAGCUUGCCCUUCCCCACGUGGGUCGCCGGCCGCGCGCUCCUCUUUCGAGCGACCCCGCGGCGGGUGUGCGGCGAGUGUGUGGCCCGUCUGCGGCGGGCUCCGCGUCGGAUACCCGCUCCUUCCCGCCAUGAACCGCUACCUCCUGCCGCUGUCCGUGCUGGGCACGGCGGUGGGUGGCGCGGUGUUGCUCCGAGACUACGUUGCGGGUGGGGUCUGUCCCAGCAAGGCCAGCAUUCCUGGGAAGACCGUCAUUGUGACCGGCGCCAACACGGGCAUCGGGAAGCAGACGGCCUUGGAGCUGGCCAGAAGAGGAGGCAACAUCAUUCUGGCCUGUCGAGAUAUGGAGAAGUGUGAGGCGGCGGCAAAGGACAUUCGCGGGGAGACCCUUAAUCACCACGUCAACGCCCGGCACCUGGACUUGGCCUCCCUCAAGUCCAUCCGAGAGUUUGCCGCAAAGAUCAUCGAAGAGGAGGAGCAAGUGCACAUUCUGAUCAACAAUGCAGCUGUGAUGCGGUGCCCCCGCUGGACCACCGAGGAUGGCUUCGAGAUGCAGUUUGGCGUUAACCACUUGGGUCACUUUCUUUUGACAAACUUGCUGCUGGACAAACUGAAAGCCUCGGCCCCUUCACGGAUCAUCAACCUCUCGUCCUUGGCCCACAUUGCCGGACACAUAGACUUUGAUGACUUGAACUGGGAGAAAAGGAAGUAUGACACCAAGGCAGCUUAUUGCCAGAGUAAGCUGGCUGUCAUCCUCUUUACCAGGGAGCUGAGCCGGCGCCUGCAGGGCACGGGUGUGACUGUCAAUGCUCUGCACCCUGGUGUGGCCAGGACAGAGCUGGGCAGGCACACGGGCAUGCACAGCUCUGUCUUCUCCAGCUUCACACUCGGGCCCAUCUUCUGGAUGCUGGUCAAGAGCCCCCAGCUGGCAGCCCAGCCCAGCACAUACCUGGCUGUGGCAGAGGAAUUGGAGGGUGUUUCUGGAAAGUACUUCGAUGGACUCAAAGAGAAGCCUCCAGCCCCUGAAGCUGAGGACGAGGAGGUAGCCCGGCGACUUUGGGCUGAAAGUGCCCGCCUGGUGGGCUUGGAUUUGUCUGGUGGUUCCUCUGUGAGGGGGCAGCCCCUCCCCAAAUAACCUCUGGGAGACUAUGAAAACCACGUGGGAGGCUGAGUACCAGGGUGGAGCGGCAAGACCAACCAAAGGCUGGCUGCUCUGUCUGCAGCACCCUCUAGGUGGCGGUAUUGGCCAAGGAAUGCUGACUGCCAUGCCCACGUCACCCUCUAGGUGGCAGUGUUGGCCGUGUGAGCCUCCAGACCACUGUUGUCAUGCCCUCAGCCCCCUCUAGGUGGCAGUAUUGGCCAAAGAAUGCUGCCUGCCAUGCCCUCCAAGUGGCAAUGUUGGCUGUGUGAGCCUCAAGACCACUGCUGUCACGCCUUCACCCCCUCUAGGUGGCAGUAUUGCUGCGUGAGCUCAAGGAACGCUGGCUGCGUGAGCCAAGGAAUGCUGGCCGCCAUGCCCACGUCACCCUCUAGGUGGCAGUGUUGGCUGCGUGAGCUCAAGACCACUGCUGUCAUUCCGGCACCACCCUCAAGGUGGCAGUAUUGCCUAAGGAGCGCUGGCUGCCAUGCCCACACCACCCUGUAGGGGGCACUAGCGGCCCUUUCCUCAGGCACAGUGGAUGGGGACUGCAGAUGCGCACCUGGCGCAGCUGGUGUAGUGCGCCCCGCAGCCCGCAGGUGCGUGGGGCCGUCAGACACCUGCCUUGAGCGUGUAACUGGGAACUGCUGAGGGAGGAGUCCGCUCCCUCUAGCGUGGCCAUGUCAGGAGAGCCCGUGCAGAACUGUAUGGCUGUUGGGAAAGUUGUCGGCCAGACACGGUCAAGUUCGUGGUUCCCCGUGGGACCGUGCACGCGCUCAGUCGCCUUUCUGAGCCUCGGUUUCUCCCACUGUGAAUGUGCAGAAUAACUUGACUACCUCGCAGUGCGGUGUGGUGAUGACGGAGUUCUCGCCUUGCUGCUGAAUGUUCACUUGCGCGUGCCAUACCCUGGGUGAGCCGCCGGGGUCACCCCUGAGGACAGGCCUUGUAAUGCCAGUCCUGCUAGGCACAGCAAGGAGCGAGAAACCUACCCGCUGCGCAGCGUCGGUGAUAGAAUCGGGGCUGGCACUCAGCUCCCGCACAGAAUGGGGGGAGGGGUGCACCAAAAAGCUCAGUAAUCAAGGUACAAAAAAACAUGUAACAUUUGAGAUGCUUGUGGAGGCCAGAUGCUCCAUGCCCUCCACUACCCAGAACAUCAGCCAGCGGCCCUGCCCCAAAUGCCUACAGUGCUGAGGAAGGUGGGGUUAAAGACGGCUCAAAGUUUUCUAGAUACGGUGAGUUUUCUUUCUGUUACCACAUCGGACCACAGCAGCCGAAGGGUAUGUCUGGGACGAACGGACUCAGGUAGGCACCUUCCAGCAUGGACCCCAACAAUCCCCACUGCCCCCUGUCCACUCCCUUCUUACCCGCCAGCUGUGGGCUGGCCCUAGCUACUCACUUGUAGUGCAAAGAGCAAAGCCGACGGAACGUCCAGUUCUGGGGUUCGGUUACUGACGGGCGUCUGGCUAGCUCGCGCUCGCUGGCCCUCGCACUGCCUGGUGUGAGCCACCCUGAGGGGAGGCCAAGAGCUGGACAGCCAGGGAGGAACUGAGGCCUCUGUCCAGCAGUGCAGGAGAAGGUGUGAAUACCAGGAGGUGGGAAUCACGGGGGUGCGGUAUUCCAGGAGCCUGUUCACCACAGGGAUACACAGACCACACAUACGUACAUAGAUCACACGCGCGCACGUAUCCUUAUAUAGUGUAUGCAUUUCUCACUGUGGAAUCAGGGGAAAACCACGUUUGAGAAAUACUUCUACUGGUAGUACUGUAGUCUUGAGAGUAACCGCGAAACCCCUGGUUCUCUAAACAAAGGUACAGGAUUCGCCUGGAGGUGAUGGUAUUUGCUAACAUAAGCAAAAUACAAUGAUCAAAGUCAAGAAGAUAAUAAUGAUGGUGCUAAUAUCUGAUAUCAAUCUAUAGACAUUGGAAUUAUAUCAGUGAUAAUGUCCCUUAUAGCAAAAAACCCCACAAAAUUCUUUUCUGACCCAGGAUCCAAUCCAGAACCACACUUUGUUAGUUGGCAUGUCUCCUUAACCUGCUGAAAUGGUCUUUCUCUUUCAUGAGCUGGACACUUGUCCAGAAUGGGUCUCGGGGCUAGUGUCAAGGGGUCAGCCAGAGCUGUGUUCCUUCUGGAGGCUCAAGGGGGAGAAUCUGCUUCCUGCCUUGUCCAGCAUCUAGGGGCCCCCACAUUCCUCACCCCCAGGCCCUUCCUCUGUCUGCAGGGCCAGCUGUGGUGGGCCAAGUCCUCACACUGCCAUCUUUCUGGUUCUUUCCCCUUUUAAGGAGGAUCCCCAGGUGAUCCAGGGUCACCUCUGUCCUUUACAUUGGCUGGUGAGCAACGGAAUUCCAUCUGCCACCUCAACCCCCCUUUGCCAUGCAAAGUAACAGGUCCUGGGGAUUGGGAUGUGGAUCUCUCUGGGGCGGCCGCUGUUCUGCCUGCUACACCGUGCUCUUCAACAAAACCUGCUUCCUUAGCUUUUCUCAGGGCUGUGAACUUCCUGGGUCCCUUCCCAUCAAUUCCCUUCUGCUUCUUUUAAGCAGAACCCUCAUCAACGGUGUUGCUUGCAAGCAAGUCAAAUGAAAUGAACAGAUGUUACCAUUAACUCCCCACCACUCACUCUAAAAAAAAAAAAAAAAAAAGAGCCAGGGAGGCCUCCCCCCACUCCCCGCUGGCUCAGUCAGAAAAGCACAUGACUCUUGAUCUUGGGGUUGUGAGUUUGAGCCCCACUGUGGGUGCGUUGACUUAAAAACAAAAACUGAACAAACCCUGGGGUGCCUGAGCAAGAAGAGUUGGAAUCCAGUCUGAUUCAGAAGCCCACAUUCAUGGGGGAGAUGGGGGCCUGGAUGGAAGGAAUGUGAAGCCCAGCCCACUGGGGCGGCGGUCCCCACAGGGACUGAUCUCUUGCAUAGACCAGUGCAAUGUGGCUUGGGGUUAAUUCUAGGCACAAACCCUCACAACCAACAUCCGCUUCCUCUCUGGGACUGAGAAACCCCAAGGACCACAAAUGUUGACUCACAAACCACGUAACCCCUGCCUUACUCUCCUGAAGGCUUUGAGGCGGCUCACAACCCUGAAGAGAGUCCCCAGAGAGAUGAAGGAUGAUAAAAACGGGCCUAAAAAACAAACAAACCCAACCCCCCAGAAAUCCAGAGACAGCAGUGUGGCAAAGGAAUAAGCAGACUGAAGAACCAAAUAUAAAAGGGUGAUGCUUCAGGAGUUUUUGUUUUGUUUUUCCCAAAAAGAAACCUGAGGCGGUGUCAAACCCUUCAGACUGCUCUUUGCGCUUGGGGAAUUCUGCCGGGUUUCCGUGGGCUCCCUGUGUUUGCUGUGCCGGGAAACGUGCGGGGUGUAAGCUGGGAUGACAGUCGCUCCAGGCAUAAGUAAGAAGGGGCACCGUUGCAGCGGUGGGAGUCCAGAGGUAAGGCGGGCUUUGUGUUCUCUGAUACGGCCGAGCUUCCUCCUGCCGGACUGACCAUCCGACUGGGGUCAACUUCAUCCCAAGGCUGGGUCUCUAGCCAGUCAAAGUGUGAACCCCUAAAAGAUCCGUUCAAGUCUGAACCCUCGGCGCCUGUGAGUCUGAGCUAAUUUGGAAAAAGUUGCUUUGCACAUAAAAUUAAAUGAAGGAUCCCGGGAUGAGACCAUCCUAGAUUAUCCGGGGGUCCCUAAAUCCAGCGGUAAGUGUCCUUAUAAGAGACGGAAGAGGAGGUGACACAGAGUGGAGUGGAGAAGGCCACGUGGAGACAGGGCAGAGAGUGGAACAUUGCAGCCUUAAACCAAGGAACAGCUGGGACCCCCAGAAGCUGCCAAAGACGGCACGGGACAGACUCCCCUUGAGCCUCUGAAGGUCGCACGACCCUCCUGACACCUUCAGUUUGGACUUCUGGCCUCUGGAACCGUGGGACAGUAAAUGUUUCAGGUCAGCGGGUUGAUGUCACAACAACCAGAGGGAAUUAAUACAGUCUCUUUGGGGGUCACAGGAUGGUUGCCAGAGCCGAUGGGGACCACUUGCUUGUUUUCUGGCCGGUGGGAGAGAGAAGGGCUUCUCUUUCUUUUGUCUACUGGGGUUUAUCUUAAAACCCAUAAAAGCCCCCCAGGGAAUGCCAGGGAGUAAUGGAUGAAAGGCAGGCUCCCCAACACCAGUGCUGUUAAAUGUUCGGGGCUGGAUAAUCCUGGCUGUGGGGCAGGGGGUGUCUUGGGUACUGUGGGAUGUUGAGCAGCAUCCCUGGUCUCCACCCACUAGAUGCCUGUAGCAUCCCCCCCCCCCCCAAACUGCCGAAUGUCCCCUGGGAGGGAAGUCACCUCCAGGUGAUAACUCUUUGCGCAGACCCGUGUGGACCCCUUUCCGGGCCGUGAACAUGAGCAACUGCAGGUGGAUGACCACAGAAGUAAGCACCAGCCACAGAGCCUCACAGCUGCCUGCUGUCACCUGUGCUCUUGGGAGGGCAUGGGGGUGGAAGGCAGGCACUGGGGGAUUGAGUGGCUUUAGAAGUCGACAGAUCUUCAUGGAAACCAACCAUGCAAAUGGCAAUGGGCAGUCCCGCAGAAGUCAGGCCAGAGUCUCAGGGUGACAGCAGCAGAGGAAAUGAAAUCUGAGAUCUGGGAUUGGGUCAUUUGUGGGGACAAACCUGAAAAUGUCGAACUCCCAAUUCCCCUGAGAUGCCCUUGCAAUGAGAGACCAGCAUCUCUUAAUCGGAGGUCACCGUUCCUCCAUAAGCAGGUGUCUCCUGGGAUGAUACUCACUCACCUUGAGACCUGCCCCUACCACUUUCAUUGCCUGUGGCAGAUCCCAGCUCAUGCUCCAUGAAUUGUAGGGUCUGGCUAAUGUGUUUUGGCAGGAGCCUGGGGAUCAUUGCAAGUGGAUCUUGAGGGUGUUAGAUGGGGUGGAACAUGAGACAAAUUGGGAGGAAUCCAUGGACAUGGGGUCACUCACCUAUGAUGAAGAUUUUAUCUAAUAUUUUGGGCUUUCUGAGUAGCUGCAAACUAUGGCAAUUGCAUACCUAUGGAUCUCCCACAUAAUGCCUAAAGACAGAUCAAUAUCAAUACCCCUGUUCUGAUGUACUGUGGUUAACUAGGAGAAUGUCCUUGUUUGCAGGAAAAAAGAUCAGUAUCUGGGUGAAUUACAUCAGGUCUGCAACACAGUCUCAAACGGUUCAGGGGGGGAAAAAGCGCUUCUUUGUAUUAUAUUUAUAUACUCUUCCCAAAGUUUGUUUCAAAAUAAAUAAAUGGAAAAGAAAAACAAUGCAGAAUUACAAAACCACAUCUCCGCCGGAGAAGACAGAGAAUGGCUGCACUUCAAAACAAUGCCAAAACGAAAAGGGAAAACCUUACCAAUUUCCAGUGAGCAAGCUCUCUUUUCAUGUUUUUUAUAUUUCAACCAUGUGAAUGUGUUACUAGAAUAAAAUCAAGUUCCAUAAAUAAAAGCAAAGGGAUGCAUACAUAUGACAAGGUACUAUCAUGUACGUCUGCAUCUUCUUUUUCCAUUUAGCAAUAGAUCUUGAAGAUCAUCUGUAUCGCUACGCAAAGAUCUAUCGCACUCCUUAAAAAAUACCUGAACACGAUUUCAUCACGCGGAUGUAUCACAGAGAUGCCACAGGGAGAGUUUGAGGGAAGCCGUACAAAAGAUAGAGUCAGGUGCUGUUGGCAGCCCUAACAUUGGGUGAAAACCACCACCAGAAAUAGAAAGUUGUGCAAACAGUAAAAAGAGCGUUCCGGCUGAUCAGGGCACCGACCGCAGAGCACAGACUAUAGUCUGUGAGAGACUCAAGAACAGGGAGAGGUACCCUUUGGACACUGCAUGGUCGUGCUCGCUUCGGCAGCACAUAUACUAAAAUUGGACACUGCAUGGUGAAGGGAAAAGGGAGAAAGGGGGAAAUUAGGAUUUUUCAAGAAGAAAGGAAAAAAAAAAUCAAGGACAUAACCUUUCUCUCUACUCUCUGCCUCCCUGCAGGAGCCCCCUAGUAAAAAACUGUACUUUACCACACUGACAGCAGAGGGCAGACUUCUACUAAAAAUCUUUACAACAGCAACCAAGCGCAUUAUCUAGGAAUACCUGUCAGCAGGAGCCGCACAGAUCAUCCCAGUCACCAGCCCUGUUUACAGAAAUACACAGGUGCAAACAUUAUUUAUCAAACACUGCCAUCCAGAUGAACCAGAAGAUGAGAAUCCCAAAACUCAGUUGGUAACACCUAAGAGCAGAAUUAGUAGGUCACAUGGUAACCCUACGUACACAACAUUUUGAAGAACUGCCAGAUUAUGUUUCUCUCACAUUCACAAGCGUAUUCACAACAGCCCAAAGGUGGGAGCAACCCAAUGGCCAUCAGAGUUGACUGGAUAAAGGAAGUGUGGAAUGUUAUUCAGCCCUCACACCCGCGACCACAGUGAUGGGCCUUGAAAACACAAUGCUAAGUGAAAUAAGCCAGUCGCAAAGACAAAUACCAUGUGGUUUCACGGACAUGAUGUCUCUAAAGAAGCCAGAUUUGCCAAGAUAGAAAAUAGCGUGGUGCUUACCAGGGGCAGCUGGGCGACGGUCCGGGAGAUCGAGUGCUGGGACUGGAGCAGUAAGCCUUAAUCUCUCCAGGCAGGACUCAGGAGCAGGCAAGGCGCUUCUGGUCUAGCCACCAAAUUGGCAGCAUGUGGAGAUGCCUGGGGAGAUCUGAACACAUGAAGACAAUUGCAACUAAUGACAAUCAAGAGCUUGAUUCUCCCUGUUGAAAACACGGGAAGAAACAUCUCUCCGGUUGCUUAGAACAUUUCUUUAGAAAACUUGAAAGUUUUCUCUCUGUCUCUUCAAAGUGUGUGCCAACAUUUUUAGAAGGUAAGUAAGCCUCUUGCCAGCUCUGUGACCCAGGACUGUCUUUCUCGAGGACUGGGAACGUGAACGUGAAGGGAGGCGGCAUUUAUAUCUACCGGCUUCUGAAGGAGGACAGGAGCUCAACUCCAUGUUGCAGAGCUGCCUCCCCACAUAAAGCUGGGAGUGGUUUUUUUUCCUCCGCCUAAAGCCAAUCAGCUGACACAUGUGGUCUCCCCAGUCACCGGAUAAAUUUAGGAUGAUGGUGCUGUCAGGUCCCCUGGGUGUGAUGAGCUGACCCUGCUUGACUCUGUGACAGGGUGGGACUCUUUCCUGUCUUUGCCAUCUUGUUGGCAGACCUUGUCCUGAUGCCCAUCAUGCUCUGGCUUGAACACCUAUUCAAUAAUAAAACUGUGUUCCUUCUCUUCUA